ACACAGCUAACGGGUUAAUCAGUUAGAUUUCCUGGCAGGGAGUUCUGUCUCGUGUGUGUUGAGGGAGUCAGCUGGGCGAGGAUAUUGUGGACGAUGCAUGUUUGACCACUGAAGACUGCAUCAGGAGUUAAGCCACGUUACAUUUGUGUAACGUUGCAUCCAUAAAGCAUUACACCUCGAAAACGCAAACUGAAGCGCGUGUCUCCACAUCUCGAUUGUUGUUGUUGUUGUUUUUUAAUCAGACGAAGGGCUCUGGCUCCAAGGUUCUUGUUACACCAAACGAAAGUGAAUGUGAUACCCGAGAGAGAGACAGAGAGAGAGUUUAAAAAGGGAUAAAAUGGCUUUAGCCGGAUGUCCGGAUUAUUUUCUUCAUCACCCAAAUUAUCAGGACAAUGUGGACCGGGCUACCACUCACAGACCACCUGACCUGAUUGGGUCAAGUUUCCAGCGGUCAUCCAAUCGGAACUCUCCUAACCACCAUGAGGACGAUGUGGACCUGGAGGCCCUGGUGAACGACAUGAACGCGUCCUUCGACAGCCUGUACUCGACAUGCAGCCUGCCGGCAGAGUCAGCCCCCCUCCUGCAGAACGGGCAGCUUCACCGCAGACACGCCCACCAGCGUCCGGGCCCCGCCCAGCUGCAGCCCACGUCCCCCAAGCAGAAGGUCCGCCGCUCCCAGCCCAUGCACAUCCUUGCCGUCAGGAGACUUCAGGAAGAGGAGCAGCAGCUGCGGACGUCUUCACUUCCCGCCAUCCCCAACCCGUUUCCUGAGCUCUGCAGUCCCGGGGGCUCACCCAUCCUCGGCCCCGGGUCCCUGCCGCCGUGCGAGCCGUCCGGCAAAUACAUUAUUAAAGUUUUUAGUGAAGAUGGCACAGGCAAAGUAGUGGAAAUACCCGCGGACAUGACUGCCAGAGACCUCUGCCAGCUGCUGGUGUACAAAAGCCAUUGUGUGGACGACAACAGUUGGUCACUUGUUGAGCAUCACCCUCUCCUCGGGCUAGAGCGGUGUCUGGAGGAUCACGAGCUGGUGGUUCACGUGCAAGCAUUGAUGACGAGCGAGAGCAAGUUUCUCUUCAGGAAGAACUAUGCCAAAUACGAGUUCUUUAGGAAUCCCUUGAACUUCUUCCCUGAACAGAUGGUGGCUUGGUGCCAGGAGACCAAUGGCACCAUUCCACAGUCACAGCUUUUACAGAAUUUCUUGAAUUCCAGCAGUUGUCCCGAAAUCCAGGGUUUUUUGUACAUGAAAGAGACGGCCAGGAAAUCCUGGAAGAAGCUGUAUAUGUUUUUAAGACGGUCUGGAUUGUAUUAUUCAACAAAAGGAAUGUCUAAGGAGCCAAGGCACUUACAGUUACUAGCAGACCUGGAGGACAGCAACAUAUUCACAGUUAUCACAGGCAAGAAGCUUCACCAUGCCCCAACAGACUAUGAAUUCUGCAUAAAGCCCAACAAGGCGAGGAACGAGUCCAAGGAGCUGAGAAUGCUGUGUGCUGAGGACGAGCAGAGCAGAACCUGCUGGAUGACUGCCUUCAGACUCCUCAAGUAUGGAAUUUUGUUGUAUCAGAACUACAAGAUCCCCCAGCAGAGGAAAACUUCACUCUCUCAUUUCUCGACCCCUGUGCGGAGUGUGUCGGAAAACUCUCUUGUGGCGAUGGAUUUCUCAGGGAGAAUAGGCCGUGUGAUUGAAAACCCUGUUGAGGCCCAGAGUGCAGCUAUGGAGGAGGGCCACAUGUGGAGAAAACGAAGUCAGCGAAUGAACAUCCUGGGGAGCCCCAGUCCUCUCCACCCUUCAUCGCUCAACUCAGUGAUUCACAGGACACAGCUGUGGUUUCACGGCCGGAUUAUGCGAGAGGAGUCCCACAAGAUGAUCAUGCAACAGGGUCAAGUAGACGGAUUAUUCCUCUUGAGGGAGAGUCAGAGCAAUCCGAAGGCAUUUGUCCUCACACUGUGCCAUCACCAGAAAAUCAAGCAUUUCCAGAUUUUACCCUAUGAAGAGGACGGACAGAUCUUCUUCAGCCUUGACGACGGAGCCACCAAAUUCACCGACCUGAUCCACCUGGUGGAGUUCUACCAGCUCAACAGAGGAGUGCUUCCUUGCAAACUGAAACACCCCUGCACAAUCGUGGCCUUGUGACCUUGCACAUGACCGCUGACUUGACUUUUUGCCUGUUAAACAAACACGCGUUAUGAACUGGAUUUUGUUUUGUAUUCAAAACCUGAUCUAUUUAUCGUUUUCCACUCGUCAUAAGCUGCCGGAGACCCUCAGAUUAGAGAGAGAGAGCCUUGGAAUUCUGCCAUAUGCUGGGAUUGAGAAGAACGAGUUUGAAAUCGAAAAUGAAAAAAAAAACAGCAGACAUUCGAAAACCCUGUCAAAGUUUCUGUUUGAGGCUGACAGUUGCCCCCUUGAUUUUCUGGUGUGCUGAGUGGUGCUUGAAGUGUUUUUCACACCUUCAUUUUCUUAUUACUUUGCUUUCAUACAGCCAUCCAUACCCAUUUUUUUUUGUUGACUGGGCCCCAUUAAAAGAAAGAAAUAAGUCAGAAUGACGAGAGUAUGUUGGUGGAGUGGUAUUGGUCUGGAAUAUUCUUUACAGUUUUCAUUGUGUAGCUGAGUGUUUUUCUCAGAUGGGGUUCUUCUGAAUUCUGUUGUGUGUGUCUGUCCCGGUUUCGAAUGUUUAGCUGUUGUGUUUUGCACUCCUGACGUGAAAACAGCCUUUUUUUACGUUGAGCUGAGCAUGGCACGACAUUCUGCCUCAGCCUCUUCUCCCCACACCCCACCCCGCACCCUGCCCCCCCCCCCCUCCUCCCGAAAGCUUCCGUGAGAAAUCCCUCCAUGUUAAUUGGAUUAUGGGGGAAUCUGACCGUGAGAAAAGUCACGACUGAGGGCUCUCUUAAGCGAGGGCUCCCGCAGUCAUCCAUCACCAUGUGUCCCGUCUGAGGAAACGUUCCCUGGAACCGUCUGGAAUCCCCCCUG